AUGAAGAGACCAGAUUCUGUUGUGUUGUUUCUUAACAACCAAGAAGAACAACAGCAGAGCGUCAACAAAGCAAAUGCUGUUCAGGAAAACGGCGUUGAUGAAUAUUUGAAGGACUUCGACAUGAUUUCCACAGAAAAAAAGAGCGCAAUCAAUCAUACGUCAAAGUCAAUCGUGAAUGAAUCCAAGUUAGAGGGUCGUCUACUCACACGUGAAGAUUUAAUAAACUUGGACAAAAAUGAACCUCAUUGGAAAUAUAUUCGAAUUGGAACGUUAAUUGCGUUUGCGACUGUAUUCUUCGGUCUUUUAGCAGCAUGUAUUGCAUACAUGAGUUUUGGGCCGAAAUGUCCAUCUGUGCCCAAAUUACCAUUCUGGAAAUCGUCAGUUGGUUACUGGUUAGAUGUAUUUGCGUUUAAAGAUUCGUCUGGCGAUUUAGUUGGUGACCUCAAAGGUAAUGUAUUUAAGCGUAAACUUACAUCCAUUCAAAUGUUAUAUAUCUGUUUAGGUCUCAUAUCUGAAGUUGACUAUAUCAAAAGUGUGAUCGGUGCCGGAUUUGUGAUUUUGGGUCCCAUUACAAAAGGCUUUUACACUAAUUCAUACGAUAUGCUAGGAUUGGUUGAAGAUUAUGAGCGAUUAGAUGAGGCUGUCGGCACAAUGGGGGAUUUUCGUGUCCUUUUAAAAACAUUUCAUAAGAAGGGUGUGAAAGUUGUCCUGACAUUCAACUUCAAUGCCAUAUCCAUCAAUCAUAAGUGGAUUGGAGAAAACAAAGUCAAGCUGAAGUCAUUCGAAGAUCCCUACAACAAUAAGGUGAAAUCAUUGUGUUCAUUCCUUAAUUUCCUUAUAUUUUAUUUACAUUAA